CGUCACGCGCGGCAGGUGAAGCGCAGGUAGCGGCGGGGGCGUGGGGCUGUGCGCGAUGCCGGGGCUGGUGCUGUUCGGGCGGCGCUGGGCCAUCGGCAGCGACGACUUCGUGUUUCCCGGAGCCUUCGAGCUCUUCCUGCGGCUCAUCUGGUGGGUCGGUGUUCUCGUCCUGUACUCUGUUCACAAGGAGAGGUUCAACUGCACCGGAGGGGGACUCCUGCACACCUACCUGCUGGUCCUCCUCGUCCUCUUGGCUGCCAUUAUAUGCGCUGUAUCAGCUAUUGUGUGCGUCAGCAUGCGAGGGACAAUUUCUAACCCUGGGCCAAGAAAAUCUCUUCCUAAACUGCUUUAUACUCGCCUUUUUCUCUUCUUGCCUGAAUUUGUGUGGGCAACUGUGGGUGCUAUCUGGGUGUCAGACAGCAGGGUGCAUUGUGAAAAGACUGUGGUAAAUGCCAUCUUCGGGACAGUCAUUGCCAGCUGGAUUAUCAUCAUCUUUACCAUCAUUGCAAUUGUAAUUGUCUUUGAUCCGCUUGGGGGUAAAAAGACCUUGUACCUCACUGAUGCUAUAGAUCGCAACCUGGAAAGCAGUCAGUCAGGCCAGCUAUUCUAUAAUGUCAAGAAAACUGCAACCCGAGUCUGGGAGAAAAGAAUUAGGUUACUGUGUUGUUGUAUUGUGCAAAAUGAUGACCACCGAGUGGCUUUUACAAGUAUUGCAGAACUCUUCAGCAGCUACUUUUCAGACACUGAUCUGGUGCCAAGUGACAUAGCAGCAGGUUUGAGUCUGCUCCAUCAAGAGCAAGACUUAGUAGAGAAUUGUCCAAAAGACCCUGAAGAAAUUCUCUGUCAUUCCCCAACAUCUCCUGUGGCUGAUGAUUUGGAUGUUGAAUUAGAAAAUGCUGCUCACUACAUGCAGUUUGCUGCAGCUGCUUAUGGAUGGCCAUACUAUAUAUUCACUAACCCAUUUACUGCUCUCUGUAGACUUAACCGUGACUGUUGCAGAAACAGAGCAACAGAUCCUGAUAUAAUUGGUGGUGAUUGUCUUAACUUUCACUUUGGAUCCAUCCUAAGAAUAACAGGGCUGCAGUACAGAGAUUUCAUUCAUAUUAGCUUUCAUAACAAGAUUUUUGAGAUUCCAUUUUUUGUCGCUUUGGAUCACAAAAAAGAGGCUGUUGUGGUUGCAGUAAGAGGAACCCUGUCUUUCGAGGAUAUCAUCACUGAUCUAUCAGCAGACUGUGAAGACCUGACACUAGAAGACCUUCUGGAAAAUGGCCUUGUACACAAGGGUAUAACACAAGCUGCAAAUUACAUUUACCGAAAGCUAAUAAAUGAUGGAAUUCUAAACCAGGCUCUCACCAUUGCCCCUGAGUAUAAAGUGGUGAUAGUUGGGCAUAGUUUAGGUGCCGGAACAGCCUCCAUUUUGGCCGUCCUGCUCAAGAACUCCUUCCCAAUGCUCCGGUGUUAUGCCUUCUCUCCUCCAGGAGGGCUGUUAAGCAAAUCACUUGCAGACUACACUAAGCACUUCAUCAUAUCUGUCAUUGUUGGAAAAGACCUCGUUGCAAGGUUAAGUAUGCCCAACAUGGAAGACCUGAAACGAAGAAUCGUGAGAAUAGUGGCCAAUUGUAACAGGCCUAAGUACCAGAUCUUACUGCAUGGGUGUUGGUAUGAAGUCUUUGGGGGAAAUCCAGAUAACUUCCCAACUGAGCUGGAUGGUAGAAGUCAAGACACCCUGACCCAACCUCUUCUGGCUGAGGAGAGUUUGAUGGUUCAUCAUUCACCCUCUUACAGUACCUUGGGGGAUGAAUCUCAUUUAAAUUCACCUCAGUAUCCUCAGCUGUAUCUUCCUGGGAAAAUCAUCCAUAUUGUAGAAGAAUCCAGCACAAGAAGGUGGUGCUCUUCAGACAUUAAAUACACUGCAAGAUGGUCAAAAGAAACUGUCUUCAGAAAUAUUUUAAUAAGUCCCAAGAUGAUAACGGAUCACAUGCCAGAUGUUGUACUUAAGGCUCUGAACAGCUUGUCCCAGGAUAAAGCAUCUUGUAUUUCCUGUCAGACACAAGAUGAUUUUAAUACCAACGUAGUAUGAGAACAGCAGUGCUGCUCUCAGGUGAAGUAUUCGGGAGGCUUUUGACCUGUUGUGCUUAAGCAGACGUAAGUAUCCUUUAUGCCAUACCUGAAAUGGAAACGAGAGGUUGAAGUGAUUCCUUCAGAAUGCAAAAUGCAUUUUGCUCUGUGGAGGCUCUUAAAUUCAGAACUUGAACCCUCUCUGCAUUUUAACAACUGUCUUUGGAAAUGGAACAAUACAAGGAACUUGAGCCAAUUAUGUGUAAACCACUAGAUCUUGACUAACAAACAGGGAGACUGAGGCAGCAUGGUUCCUGCCUUAGCCAGAUGUUGCAACCUGUAUUGUAGCUUCAGCUCUGCUUCAGACUUCAUUUUAUAGGUAGGAGACUGAGCCACAAUGAGGUCUGCUGCCCAUCUUUUUAUGUCACCAAGAUUCUUGGAUGUUACAAAAUAAAGCAGAACUGCACUGUCUAGAACAGCUAGUUUCUGGAGGAAGUGUGUGUGGGAAGAUGAAAACAACAAAGUGAAACAGCAGAAACUUUUGUUUGUUCCUCUGAAAUGAUGUUUCAGUAACAGCCCAUGGUGCAUUUUUUUUCUUGUAUUUAAUGUGCAAUAUUUUUGUAUCUAUUGCUUAGGUUUUAUGUUUUUUCACACCUAUACCUCCUGCAUUAUGAAUGUAGAAACACUUCAGAUUAAUUUCUUAAGGGUAUGCUGGACAGCAUACCUGUCCUCCAUUCACAAGCUUGAGGGCAAUUGGCUCCUUCAGGAAGUCUUGUACCUGUCAGAACUGUAAAUUGACGUUGCUAGGGACCUACCAAAAUUGCAGUGAGACAAAGGGAUUUUUGCAGGCCUAUCAUGGCAUGUGGAGGUGACUUUUGGAGCCUUGCGGGAAUUGCUGUGCUUUCUUUGUAUUCUAGUAAGCUUUUCUUUUGGCGAUUCCAUGGAAAAUUGUGGAAACUGCUAUUUUAUUUUUUUUUUUAAGUUUCUACAGAAACCAUGACUUAAGAAAGCAGUGGCUAAGGACCUGCUUCUGUUGUCAAGUUGUCAGAUUUUAAAACAAAUCUAACUUUUUGGCUUCUAUGGCUUACUCUUCAGAGAAGGUCCCUUACAAAGCAUUUUUCUACACAGUGUUUUUAUAGUCAGAGCAGUCAUUUUCAGAUCCCAUUGUAUUGCUUUUGCUGUGCCAUUUAACUGAGGACAAAAUAAAGUUCUUGUAAAAUAAAAAAUGUUUAAUACUGAAUACCUUCCCAUGCUUCAGGGUAGGACAAAGAUGCAAUCCAGUGAGCAUUUCACUCAGUGAUUUGAAUGCUUAGUCAACAGGACCAUCAGCUAACAUUACUGUAUAGUAUUAGCAAAUGUUGCACUGCUGGAGGCCAUGAGUUCCUGCAGAAGUAAGACUCUUGCUUUUUACCUCCAGGGUAGGAAUCCCUCCUUUGUUAACUGAAUCCUGUUACUGUAGCUGGGUGUUUCAUAGUGGCAGUCUUCAUGGGGCAGGGGGUCAACUAGUGGCUAAUAGCAUUGUAAGAACUUAAAUCACAUUGUGGGGUGAGACCAGAUUUUUAUGCCCAGUUACUUUGAUGCAGAUGGAGACAUUAAAGUUAAGCUAACCUGCCUCUCCUAGGGUAGUAGGAGUUUCCCACAAGCCACAGUCUUUUCUUCCGAGACCCUACCAAUGUAUAAACCCACUGCCACAUCUCAAAUCCCUGUGAUGUAUCCAAGAUAAAACACUGGGGGGGAGGGCAUUAAUUGGGACAAUGAGACAUAUGAACAAACCUGAUCACCUGUUUUACCCCCAGUGAGCGGAGCAAAGAUUCAACAUGUUCAUUAGCAGUAUUUUCAGCCCUCCUUAACACACAGCACAUCACUCUGCAUUUACCUUGCUUCUGAGCAUUUGGUCAAGUCUGACAGUUGGUAAAUGGAGUGUGAUCUAGCAUUUUCCCCUCCCCCCCCUGCUUUUUUUCAUAUCUGUGACACUUAGUGGUACUUGAACUAAAGAUCACCCAUUAAGGUUGAUAAGAAAAAUUAGGGAGAGGAAAAUGGAAAGCUGCCUCAAGGAAAGGAAAUAGCUUUAUUUGUACAACUACUACCUUCCAAAUCCUGCUUGAGCUAGUCCAGAUGUCACCCUAGUGGAGUACCCUGUUGUAAAUGGGGGUGGGAGGGAGGGGAAAUCAUCUAUACAGCCUCUACAACUUAACAUGAAAUUCAAGCCUUUUCCCACAGGAGUUUGAAAACCUGCUCCUGGAGUAUGUGGUUUGGGACUAAGCAUUCAUUGCAUAGGAGUUAGGUUGCAAGUCUUUAGCAAGAGCUAAUGCCAAGCAAAAUGAGCGCAGUGUCUGAGCAAUGCUGGGGGCUGGGGAAAGUGUGUUACUUAGUUCUUAGACCAGAGAUCCAAAAACUAAUCUCCAUGCCUGCCACCAAAACAUCUCAAACACUAACUCAUUUUAAAGAGCCUGUUUUUAAACGCACAUGACUGGCAGAAAGCCAGUCCCAAACAAACCCCUGCUGUCAUGGUUUACAAAGAAUGGCCAGCAUUCACACUUCUGCAGUCACUGUCUAAGAACCCUUACUCAGAAAUUCACACAUUACCAAUAACAUGAUUCAAGAAUUUAUUAAGUCAUACAUGCAAAACAUACUGCUAAUUGCAUUAGCAAAAGAUCAAUGUAAAAACUUCACAAUUUUGCAACUUGAUUUUUAAAUUUUGCUCUAGUGGUUGAAAGGGUGGAGUUCAACAUUGUAUUCUUGCCAGUGUUUAGAAUGUACAGAACAUUGUUAGCACUAGCACUAGUUUACAGAACCUCACAGACCCAAGUUACCAUUACUAAAUAAAUCGAUGCACAUGUACAUGUAGGUGAGGUAAAGGACAAUUGUCAGCAUUAGUAACAUUACAGUGCUGGGAUACCUGGCAAACAGUGAUGCUUGAGAAGGUUCAUAGUUUAAGGAAGUCUAAAGUAUAAAAAAAUUACUAAAACUUGGAAAGCUGCUCACUUGAUUUUUACAUCUAGUAUAUAGAAGACUAAAGAAAGCUCCUCCAAAAGCACAAAAAUUACUGGAUCAGAAAAGGAAAAUAAGAAUAUGCUUCAACUAAUCUACCAAAAAAAAUGCAAAA